AUGUUAAGAAGCAGUGGUGAUUAUGCCGGUGAGGUGUUAACAACAGCUACACCAUCAGUGCCUCAGUCUUCGAAGUUGCAAGAUGCAGACGACAAUGCCUCCGGGGCACGUGACAGCAUCUACCCCUACCCAGAAUAUGCCAACCUCAUGGGCUACGAUAACGGGACUGGGCACGGUCGACCCUUUCCCUCCGACCCGCAUCCUGGACCGCUUCAGACUCUAGUUAGCCAGCUGGUGGCCAAAACCGAACUGGGUUCAUCUGAGGGGAGUUAUGACCACCUCCUGUACUCGGCAUCCUCUACAGCUGCUGCUUAUUCACCCUUCUAUGGCAAUCAGCAGGGGAAUGCCGCGGCAUCUUUUGAAAAUUUCUAUCCACACAGUUAUACAGCCUACAUGUCUGACCAUUUGACCAAUUCAACCGACCUCAAUGGGUUUCCAUAUCCAUCGACUUACACAGGUGGUCGUGUCUAUGAGGCCGGGGAGUACUUGGCGGCGUCCAAUGCCUACCAAAGUCAACAUCCUGUUUCAACGAAUGCCAAUAAAACUGCGACAACGACAUCAACCCUAGACUCAUCCUCCACUUCCUCAGUUACUUCGACUUGUUCUGCGAUGGAAUCGAGUUUCAACUCAGGGUUCUACCUCAAACCAGAAGAGGGGAGCAAGGUAGGGGGGUUUUUUGCCAACCCAAACGCCACAUGUAACACCAACAACAAUGCGGACAAAGAGCAGAGGAAGCGGGUAGCUGAGGUACGAAGAAUUGGAGCAGAUUCAAGGAAGAAGGCCCGUACACAGCAGCAGCAGAGCAAGAAGGCGGAAAUUUCCUCUCAUAAUGCUGAGAAGGACGCAAAAACGGUCCUUGAUGCGCUAGGCGAACACAGCCCUCUCUCCAUGGGAGACGACUCUGGGGAUGAGUCGAGUUCUAGCGGCGAUGAUGAGCAAGGGAUCGGCAAUAAAGAGGAGCAUAUAAUAGCACCUGGAUCUCAUGGUCAGUGCCUGCUGUGGGCUUGCAAGGCUUGUAAAAAGAAGACCAUGCAGGUGGACCGUCGCAAGGCUGCCACGAUGAGGGAGCGCCGUCGACUGCGCAAAGUGAACGAGGCAUUCGAAACCUUGAAGAGGCGCACCUGUUCCAACCCGAACCAGCGCAUGCCCAAGGUGGAGAUCCUCCGCACCGCUAUCGAUUACAUAGAAAACCUAGAGGAGAUGCUCCACCGCAACGGCGUUCUGCUUGAUUCCGCAUCUGCCUCGUCCCUUCUCCGCUCCUCCAGUCGAUAUCCCACCACGGCUGGUUCAGUUAAUAGUACUAACAGCAAGAUAACUUCCGUAGAGGGCGCGAGAGUUCAGCGAGUUGUUGGCGGAACAAGAGGAAGGAAGACUGGAGCGCUUACAAAAGGGGAUAAAGUGGGGAGCACCCGAGCCGUCUAUUCUAUCGUGACGACCUCUUCUGCUACCACCACCACCACUAGCCCUGCUUCCUUCAUGAAACUGGAGACUUCUCAAGCUAUGACGACGGGGGAAGAGCCCUACCGAGGAUACUCGGCUAGCCUCGCCAACAAUGGCUGGUCAACCUCCCUCCCGGUUCACGAUCAGAACCCCGUAAACGGUGAGCCCAAAUUAAGGCAUCCUUUUGCUACCACUCUGUGGUAUCGUGACAGCGGUCUCCCCUCCACCGCCCUGGCGACACGUGGCAACGGCACUGGGAGGGCCCGACAAGCCCGCCUCCGCAGUACCCGAAAAAGCCCUCUGCUGAUUGGUCGCCCGCCCUCCGACGCCCCCUCCUUGCGUGUGCGUGCACACACACACUCGUCACCCUACCUCAACCCGGUUCUUCUUGGCCUUCACCCCAAUCCAGCUUUCGACGUGGCAGAGCACGGUUGUGAUGGGGAUCAGCACUCCUCAACACUUUCGCCCACUCUUCUCCAGCUCAGUCAGCUGAUUUCGAUUCAACGCCCAGAUUAUGGACCCAUUCUUGACUGGUUAACCGUUCUUGACAAAGGAAAACGGAUGGUUCAUAUACUUAAGUUAACGACGAGUCAAUCGACUUCGACCUUCCUCCUCUUAUCGGAGUACUUUGUGCUGUUUCUUUCUCGCGCUUGUCUUCUUGCGUUACCCAACGUCCUUGUGGGAGCUCCACAGCAACCUUGCUUGCAUCUGUCUCUGCACUUAGAAGGUGAUUAG